AAUAGUUUAGCUAAAGAAAGCAUUUUUUUCUUAUUUUUGUAGGUAAAAAGAUGGCUUAUCAGAAGGUCAAUGCAGAUCAAAGGGCUUCAGGACACUCACAGUACUUAGACAAUGAUGACCUUCAAGCUACUGCACUUGACUUAGAGUGGGACAUGGAGAAGGAACUGGAGGAGCCUGGUUUUGACCAAUUCCAGGUAGAUAGUGCUGAGAAUCAGAACCUGGAGCACUCAGAAACUUCGGACCUCAAUCUUGAUUCCAUUCAACCAGCAACUUCACCCAAAGGAAGGUUCCAGAGACUUCAAGAAGAGUCUGACUACAUUGCCCACUAUACUAGAUCUGCACCAAAGAGCAACCGUUGCAACUUUUGCCACCUUUUAAAAUUACUUUGCACAGCUACCAUUUUAUUUAUUUUUGGAAUUUUGAUAGGUUAUUAUUCACAUACAAGUUGCCCUUCUGAUGCCAUAUCUUCAGGAAUGAAUGAUCCUCAGUUAUACCAAGAGAUACUGAAGACAAUUCAAGCAGAAGAUAUUAAGAAGUCUUUCAGGUAGGUGUAAUA